CGGUGAAGCUGUAAUUGUCUCGCCAAUCUGUAAUCUAGACAAGAUGCGCACCCUGAUGCUUCACGGACACGGAACGAGUGCAUCUAUCUUCCAACUCCAAACAAGUGCAUUCCGGUCCAAGUUGGACGAUAGCUUUACAUUCCACUUCCUGGACGGCUUCUACACAGCCCCACCCGCACCAGGCACUGAUAUCGUCUUCGGUUCUAAAAAUAGUCAAGUGAACAAUAGCUUUACUUGGUUCGCAACAUAUGAUCUCACCUCUGUUCUCGAUGCUAUCAAGAAGAUCGAUGAGUACAUUCAGUUGAACGGACCAUUUGACUGCGUAUGUGGAUUCAGCCAGGGCUGCUCGCUCGCUGCUAGCUUGCUGCUUUACAGCCGUCAAGAGGGCCGUUGCCCGCCUUUCAAGUCGGCUGUCUUCAUUUGUGGCGGGGUGAGUUUUGAGGUCCUGGAAAAUCUUGGAUUGCGUGUGCCACAGAUUGCAAGAGAUAUAAGCAAAGAGACAGGCCGUGUCCUUCAGGCUAGGGCUAGUGUUUUGGCACGUCUGGCCACCGAUCUCGACCAAAUUGAAAAGGGUGUGGGGUUGUGGGAUGAUACAGAUGGUCUGAUUCAUGAUCCCACGGCUCUGCCGGCGCUGUCUGACUGCUUUGGUCUUGAUCUGACCGCAUUUUCACGAGAAGUCAUGAUUGAUAUUCCAACUGUACAUAUCUACGGCGGGAGGGACCCUCGCUGGCCAUCUAGUGUCCAACUUGCGUACUUGUGCGACAGUGAUAAGAGAACAACGCUUGACCACGGAGGAGGGCAUGAUAUUCCGAGGUUGACAGGUGUUUCCAGAGAUAUUGCAGACACAUUCCGCAAGUUGAAAGCAGUCUGAACGUGCCAUAGCGUUUGUUAUGACGAAAGGGUUAUCUGAUUAGAUGGUCGAGCUG